AUUUUCUGUUGGAUGCUAAAAGCAAGGAAUAAAAGUUGAAAAUUUGGAAAAUGUCUCAACGCCAUCACCAGCGCCACUCGAGAGUCAUUUCUAGUUCACCAGUUGAUACUACAUCGGUGGGAUUUUGCCCAACAUUCAAGAAAUUUAAGAGGAACGAUGAUGAGUGUCGGGCAUUUGUGAAGAGAGUCAUAAUGAGCCAUUUCUUUGAGAUAAUUAUGAUUAGCACUGUCACAUCGAAUGCCUUUUUUAUGGCCUUGUGGACCAGUUAUGACAUAAGAUACCGCUUGUUCAGACUUCUUGAGUUCUCAGAGAUCUUCUUUGUGUCCAUCUGCACAUCUGAGUUGUUCAUGAAGGUCUAUGUGGACCCCAUCAAUUACUGGAAGAACGGCUACAACCUGCUGGAUGUGAUCAUUAUCAUCAUUAUGUUUUUGCCCUAUGCCCUCCGCCAGCUCAUGGGCAAACAGUUCAUUUACCUGUGUAUUGCUGAUGGCCUGCAGUCCCUGCGCAUCCUCAAGCUUAUUGGCUAUAGCUGGGGCAUACGGACGCUGAUCACCGCCGUGGGGCAGACAGUCUACACCGUGGCCUCUGUGCUCCUCCUGCUCUUCCUCCUCAUGUACAUCUUUGCUAUCUUGGGCUUCUGCCUGUUUGGAUCUCCAGACAACGGUGACCAUGAUAACUGGGGGAACCUGGCUGCAGCUUUUUUCACCCUCUUCAGCUUGGCCACGGUUGAUGGCUGGACAGACCUGCAGAAGCAGUUGGACAAUCGGGAAUUUGCUUUGAGCCGGGCAUUCACCAUCAUCUUCAUCUUGCUCGCCUCUUUCAUCUUCCUCAACAUGUUUGUGGGUGUGAUGAUCAUGCACACAGAGGACUCCAUCAAAAAGUUUGAGCGAGAGCUGAUGUUGGAGCGGCAGGAGGUGCUCAUGGGAGAGAAGCAGGUGAUUCUGCAGCGGCAGCGGGAGGAGAUCAGCAGGCUGAUGCACAUACAGAAAAAUGCUGACUGUAGAAGUUUCAGUGAGCUGGUGGAGAACUUUAAGAAGACCUUGCGCCACACUGACCCCAUGGUCUUGGAUGAUUUUGGCACUAGCCUACCCUUCAUUGAUAUCUACUUUUCCACUCUGGACUACCAGGACACAACUGUCCACAAGCUUCAAGAGCUGUACUAUGAGAUCGUGCAUGUGCUGAGCCUAAUGCUGGAAGACUUGCCCCAGGAGAAGCCCCAGUCCUUGGAAAAGGUGGAUGAGAAGUAGCUGGGCAUGGGGGCGCCCAUGUGUGGAGAGCCUUGCAGACUAUGACAGGUCCCUAUAAACACAGGCUUUCUGAGUUGUCCUCUCCAGAGUCACUGUGAUUAUGGCGUUUCCCCACCUUUUAGAGUUGGGCCUGGAUAGGUGCUCAUGAAGGGUGAUUCCCCAGAGCCAACCCCCCAUCCCCCACCACAGGACAUGCAGACCUAGGGAAUGGGGAGAGGGAAGCUCAAGACUUGUCCUGGCCGGGCGCGGUGGCUCACGCUUGUAAUCCCAGCACUUUGGGAGGCCGAGGCGGGCGGAUCACGAGGUCAGGAGAUCGAGACCACGGUGAAACCCCGUCUCUACUAAAAAUACAAAAAAAAAAUUAGCCGGGCGUGGUGGCGGGCGCCUGUAGUCCCAGCUACUCGGAGAGGCUGAGGCAGGAGAAUGGCGUGAACCCGGGAGGCAGAGCUUGCAGUGAGCCGAGAUUGCGCCACUGCACUCCAGCCUGGGCGACAGAGCGAGACUCCGUCUCAAAAAAAAAAAAAAAAAAAAAAAAAAAAAGACUUGUCCUGGCCAGAGGCCACAUCCAGGGCCCAUGCUGGCUCUAGGCUCCCUGGACCUAGCAGCAAGGACCUGGGGAAGCUGCCUGAGGACCACAGACCAAGAGGGCCUCCAGCUACCCCCCAAAGCACAUGGCCCCCUUGAGCUGGUGUGGCCCUGUUGAUCUGGGUGCGGGUGUUCUCAUACUGACAGAGUCACAUCUCUCUCUGUGGACCCACUGCUGCAGAGACCCCUCUUUGGAAGGCUACUCUGAUUUCCCCUAGGCUCACCCCAAGGGGUGCUGCUAAGACUGGCAGGAUUCUGUUGUGUGGGCCUGGAGCUCAAUCUGGGGGAGUAGCCUGCUGGCAAUGCCAGGGCACCUUGCACAGAGCCUGGGGUGGGUGGCAUCAUCGGC